AUGCCGAGCACUUCGGAGGCGGCGGCGGCGGCGUCUUCGUCCGGAGGCGGGAGCGGCGUCCGGGGCUGGGGCGGCUCCGAGUCGCCGGCGGCGGAGAAGAAGCGGUUGCAUCACCGGCGGCGGAAGCGCGGCUCGUCGGCCCAGCCGCCGCCUCCUCCUCAGCCUCCUUCUCCUCAGCCGCUGCCCGCGUCUCCCGCGGCGGCCCCUCCGCUGCUGUUCCCGCGGCGGCCGCCGCCGCCGCCGCCGCCGCAGCAGCCCUCGCUCCUGCAGCCGCCGCUGCCGCCGCAGUCCCUGCUGUUCCUGGCGGCCACCGGCUCCUCCUGCUGCGGGGAAGGGGGGGAGCGGAAGCGGCCCCGGGGCAAGCGGCGCCCGGGCUCCCGGCACAAGCGGCGGCGCGUCCGGUUGCGCGGGGGCGGGCCUGUCGGAGCGGCGCGGGAGCGGGGCGGGCCUGGGGCCUCUGGUGGAAGCGGCGGCCGAGGAGUACGACGACGUCAGCUCCCAGUCGGAGGGGCCGCUGGGCGGCGGGACGGCCGGGGCGGGGAGCGGCGCGGGGAGCCCGGGCUCCUCCUCGGGCGGAGGCGCCGGCAGCCAGCCGCGCUCCAGCCGCGCCGAGGCGGAGCGGGGCCCCGGCGGCCGCCGCGGAGGGAGCACCGCAGCAGCAGCGGCCGGCGCUCCCGGGAGCGCCACCGGGAGCACCGGCGGCGGGGGGAGGACAAGGACAAAGCGCCGCCGCCGCCGCAGCAUCCGGAGGGAGCGGCCGCGGCCGCCCGGGUAGGGGGAGCCGAGGCCUCCUCCUCCUCUUCCUCCUCCAAGUCCCGUAGCCGCCACAACCACAGCGGCGGCCAGGACCGAGAGGGGCCCCGGAGCAGCAGCGGCGGCGGCAGCGACGGCCGCAGGAAGGGCUCGGCUGUCUCGCCCAGCGGCGGCGGCGGCGGCGGCGGCAGCAGCAGUAGCAGGAAGGACCGGCAGAGCAAAGCCCCGCGAAGCCAGGCGAAGGCGGCCAAGGAGCCUCCUUCGGCUUACAAGGAGACACCCAAGGCGUACCGGGAGGACAAGGCCGAGCCGAAGGCCUACAGGCGGCAGCGGUCCUCGCCGAGCCCCGGCCGGGAUGACAGCCCGCCCAGCCACAGGGCCUCGCAGAGCCAGCGCAGCCGCAAGUCGCUCAGCCCCCGCUCGCCUCUCAGCCCUUAUCGCCGCCGCUCGCCCAGCUAUAGCCGGCACAGCUCCUACGAGCGCGGCGGGGAUGUUUCGCCCAGCCCGUACAGCAGCUGGCGCCGCUCUCGCAGCCCCUACAGCCCCGCCAUCAGGUAAGGUGCAGGGCCACCUUGACAGAACAGAGGAUGGUUGGGAGGGAUCCUUCCUUCGGAAAGGUUCAGAAGUGUGACCUGAAAGGGAUAGGCUGGGAAUUCUCUUUAAGUUGUGGUCUCAAAUACAUAAACACCUCCGUUUUCCUUUCUCUUGUGGGACCAUACUAGGAAAUACAACUCAGCUGGUGAGCUUUGGCUUGAACCCAUUACCAGGUUUGAGAAUGCAGAAUUUGCACACGAAAUUGGCAUUUCUUUAAUUUGAUGGAACUUUUAAGGUCAGAGCAAAGUGCCAGGUCUCUUUCUGAAUUGUGCUAAAAGUUGGGGGUCGUCACAACCAGUUACUGCUGGAGUUGUGCAGGUGACAUACACUGAAAGUAUUGUGAAAUUCCUUUCAGAACCAAAUCACUUCAAACUGAAAAUUUUGAAAAAUUUGAGAUGUUUUGAGCUAAAAACUAUUCACUUCUAAAUGUUUUACAGCUUAAACAAAGUAGGCUGCAAUCCUAUGCAUGAUUCUUUGGAAGUAAGUGACAUUGAACUUAGUGGGGCUUAUUUGCAAGUUGACAUGUGUAGGAUUUCACUGGUAGCAUUUCUCAGUACACUACAGAAGUGUUUCCUCAAAUGUUAUACUGUGUAUAAACAGACUGUUAUCUGCAACACAAUGUGGCUGCAAGUUACUAGCCUAUGUUUCUGCUUUUGCUGCCAAGGAAGUAGUUUCAUAAUAGGCUAGCAUAAAAAUUGUCUUCUACCCAAGGGGACUGGUGGAGGAAUGACUGCAUGAUCUACAUCUCCUCUGCUAUUCUGUUUCUGUGAUAGAGGAAAGGGUUUUCCUUCUGCAGUGAUCAUGGGAACCAAAUGGGCUGACAGGAGAGACAGAAUUUUCUAUGCUUUCUCAGCCAGUCAGCUCACUCACCUGCAUGAAAUUCUUGGUUGCAUUUGGCUGCUGAAGUUGUUAAAUUUGAGACUCUCUCUUCAUAGAAAAUGGGAAGAUUGUUUUAAGACUUGGGAUGUAUUCUUUAGAUAAGGUUUUGAUUACUGUUCAGUUUUGAACAGCUCAGUUUUUGUUUGAUUUCUAUAUCAAUACAUAAAGCAGGAGUGCUUUCUACAUCACCUUUUUGGGUUGAGAUAAGGGCUUGGUAACAUGACAAGAAGUUUUCUAGGAACGUAUGUCUGCCAGUAGCUACUCUGGUUUUGAAAAACCUCCCUUGACCUAAUCCUGUCUGUUAUGACUGUUGUCUUAUCCCUUGAAAAGCACUUUAUGAGCUCUCUCUGUUUCACUUAGAUGACCAAUAUAUCAGUCUUGUAGUAGGGAGGACUACUGUUUGGUUUAGGGCUUGGCUUGCAUUUACUUUGUUUGCAGACCUGCAAUGCAAUUCUGUAUAUGCAAAGCAAGCCCCACUGAGUUCAAUGGAGCUUAUUCCCAGGUAAGUGUUUAUAGAAUUGUAGUCUUUGUUAGUUUUUGUAGCUCAUUACUACAAAUUUCAAUUCCUCUUUUCCUACACAGUACAGACAACUCCCCAUUUACCCACAUGGCUUCACUAGCACAGCUGAUGGGUGGGGAAGAGCCUUUCCUGCCCCUCUGCUGUGGCAGUUGAUCUGUCACUUCAUGUGUGCAAGCCAGAGGGACAGGCUCUCACACGGCUGACAGGUGGGAACAGGGGAAGGUUCUUCCAGCCCAUCAACUGAGCUGAUACAGGCGACCUUUUGGGUAUGCAGACAGGGGUUCAGAACGUAACCCCUGUGUAAAUGGAGAGUUGCCUAUAUAUACAUAUGGAACUACUGCUUAAUUGAAGUCAACAUUUUCAGUAGUCCAUACUCCUGUUUGAUACAGAGAAUCAUUCAACUUGUUUUAGAACCAAUUAAGACGCUAGUUCACAUAACUUCUGUUCAUAGCUUUCAAAUCAGUUUUCAAAAGUGUUCUGUGGUGGCAUUGUGCUAGUGGAAGCACUUCUUGCACAAGGGAAGACACUCCCCCCCCCCCAUUCUUCUCCUACCAAUUGUAGUCCUUUAUGCCAUGCUUAUUAUUGGAAAAUACAUACGUUGGUAGGAAAGAGUUCUUUGGCUCUACCUAAUGUAACAAGUUGGAGAGCCAAGAAAGCCAUGCUGGUUCCUUUGUUGUCAGGAGAUAGAUCCAAGAUGAUGUCUCAUCUCCAGGUCCAAGGGAGAAGUGAGAGGAGGAGGCGGAAGUGAGAGAGAUGCAACCUGAGGAUUCCACUUCAAAGGAAGGAUGGUCAGCACAGUUUAAAGGACAGAGACAGUUUAGGAAGUUGGAGGUCUCCUGUUUUAUCUGUUUAACCUUAUCUCAACAAGCUGAGUUGCACCCCACUUUCAGCUGGAAAAGGAUUAGGGUCGUCCAGAGUGACAUCAGCUGAUGGGUGGGUGUGGUUUGAGGAAAAUGGCCUGAUGGCAAAAUUGCAGUGUGAUUGGUCUGUGGAUCAGAGGUUCCCCACCCCUGUGCUACAGUUGGCUUUUUACAUUGUGGAUGGGUGGAAUGCAGCAAGAGCUGCAACAGUAGCUGUCUGUAAUGUUUGAACCUCAGGUGCAUAGUUAUUUAUGGCAUGACACCCAUUCCACACUGAUUAGGUAGGGCUUGCCAGUAGGGCAACUGCAUGGAUGAAAACUUUCAAGGUUUUUUGUUUCAAAUCCCUCCUUGCCCCUUAAACCCUACUUCCUCCACCAAGAGAGGGUUAUAUCAUUUAGGAGCUAGAAAUUUAAGAUGUAUGUGCAUGUGAUCACACACUCAAACACAUGCUUUCUCUCUCCCAGCCCCCUCAAUAUUCUGCCAUGGUAAAUACUAAUGGAAGAGAGUUUCAGAUGAAACUCCUGUUUGUAGUAUUUGACUUCUAAUGUUUUGGUAAUUAUUAUUGUCAAACCAGAGGUGAUAAACCCAAGUUUUUUAUUAUGUUUCUGAGGGAGGGUGGCAAUAGAUGAGGUUUAUUUUUCCAGAGUAGAUAGUUAUAGAAUAGAAUUGCAAGCCAUUAUCUAAGUACAAAACUUUGGGGCCUGGAAAGGAGCUUGUGUAUGUGUGAAGGAACAAGAAGAUUCACUGGAGAAAUAGGCAGGUCACAGCUUAAUGGUUACAGUUCACAAGUAGCAAAGCAUAGUACACAAGCAAGAAUUCACUUUCUGACAACUGUUACAGUGUCAGAAACUGGCUGUCUGCUGGGCAGAAGCAGGGACUGAACCAUUCUGUGGGGAUUGCAGUUAUUGGCAUUAUAGACGGAGAAUGUGCAUAGCUUUUAAAUUUUCUUGUAAAUGUUUUUAAUUCUGCUGAGUUGUUUGGCUACCUUGGACUCCUUCGAGAGGAAGGCUUUGAUAAAAUCGAUAAAUAGUAAAUUACCGUAUUUUGCGCUCCAUAGGACGCUCCGGCCCAUAGGACGCACCUAGUUUUUUGGGGGGGAAAUAAAGAAAAAAAUGUUUAUUUCCCCCCCAGGUGCGGGGCUGGAAGAACUAGGUCGGGGAACAGCGGGAAGGUGCGCUCUGCCUCCCCGCUGUCCCCCGAGCUUGUGGGGCUGGCGAUGGGGAGAAGUGCGCUGAUCCUGGGACUGCAGGCAGCUCUGCGCCGCCAUCCGGAGCGGGGCGGGACUUUGCGCCCGGCUCCCGGUGGCCGCGCAGAGCUGCGCUGAGCCCGGGACUGCAGGCAGCUCUGCGCAACCCUCGGAGCCGGUCUCCCGAGGGUUGCGCAGAGCUUCCUGAAGCCUGGAGAGCGAGAGGGUCAGUGCGCACCGACCCUCUCGCUCUCCAGGCUUCAGCGAAAGCCUGCAUUCGCCCCAUAGGACGCACACACAUUUCCCCUUCAUUUUUGGAGGGGAAAAAAUGCGUCCUAUAGGGCAAAAAAUACGGUAUACAAUAGACUUGGCAUGGUUGGUAUACACUGAUAGAAAGUUGGGUUAGUGUCCUAAUAUGGCUCUAAUAGUACAGUGGUACCUCGGGUUACAUACGCUUCAGGUUACAGACUUCGCUAACACAAAGAUAGUACCUCGGGUUGAGAACUUUGCUUCAGGAUGAGAACAGAAAUUGUGCUCUGGCCACGCAGCGGGAGGCCCCAUUAGCUAAAGUGGUGCUUCAGGUUAAGAACAGUUUCAGGUUAAGAACAUACCUCCAGAACGAAUUAAGUUCUUAACCCGAGGUGCCACUGUAUUAUCCUAGCCAGCAUACUUUGCAACUCCUGCUGUAAGGCGUGUAAAGUUAAGAAGUUAAUCCAAAUCUUCAAGAUAGCCUUGAAUUUUCCCAUAUUAUUCUUUUCAACAAAAUGUUUGUAUUGAAAAGUGUAACUAAACUUACUUUUGUUCCUCAGCAUCCUCAACCCCUGGAAUUAUAGCUAAAAAUGGAUCAUGGUCAGUUCUAUACCUUUAGUAGUUUUCUUUCUCUCUUGUGUGUCAGUGCCCCUUCCUUUCACAUGUGAAAUUUACAGGUUUCUAGUGCUGGAGGAAAAAUGUAGUACACACUUCUUAAUCUCCAGAUAAAUCACAGGUGGUGAGCCUCCAGACCAGGGGUAGGCAACCUAAGGCCUGUGGGCCGGAUGCGGCCCAAUCGCCUUCUCAGUCCGGCCCACGGACGGUCCGGGAAUCAGCAUAUUAUUACAUGAGUAGAAUGUGUCCUUUUAUUUAAAAUGCAUCUCUGGGUUAUUUGUGGGGCAUAGGAAUUGGUUUAUUUCCCCCCCCCCCCCCCAAAAAAUAUAGUCCGGCCCACCACAUGGUCUGAGGGACGGUGGACCAUCCCAUGGUUGAAAAAGGUUGUUGACCCCUGCUCCAGACCAUGGGUCCUCUGCUCCACACCUGACAUUCUGCAAUGUUAGAUGUGAGGUAGUUAGCCAUGACUGCAAAGGAACAAUCAGUGCACUCCUGAUUGUUGUUCUGCAAGUGGGGCUUGCACUCAGCACCUUUUAGAUUGGGUGCCAAAUACAAGUCCCACUAUGAUGAUUCCGCUUCAGAGAUCAUGGGUGCAGACUUAUCUUACCAGAAGCUUUCAGUGCUGAAUUUAAACACCUGAUCAGUUCCUUUGUGCAGUAUCCCUGUCAUGUUUGGAGUUUGCUUUCAGAUGCACAGUGCUUGAGUCUGCAAAGAAAUAAUUUUCCUUUGCAGUCAUGGUUUUAUGUAAAGCCAAAGACAGAAAGAGGAAGAAUCUAGAGGGUGCUUGGGGGCACUUCUGAUUAUUCAUUUGAAAUGAUGGCAUAUGCCAGGUGAUUGCCAGAUGUGUGGCUCCACUCACCUGUCAAAAUUGCCCAGAAUGAGUGGGCCAGUUUUAGAUCCAGUCCAUUGGCCAAAUACAUUUUCCUACUUGGAUCCAGUUGUAUUCCUGACAUAAAUAGUCCAAAAUGCUUGGCUGCCUCUGGGAUUGCAAACUUGCAUGAUAUUGGAAUUACUCAUAUUUUAGAACAUAAAAAACUGAAAGUAAGCAAAGAAAAUUCAUAUAGUUACUUAAUUUUCAGUGGGUAGCUUCAGAUCAGUUGAGUUUAUGUUUAAUAAUUGUAUUGACGCUUUGAAAAGGUAGUAAUUGCAGUAACGGGGGUUUGGUGAUUAUAUUUAUGGGGCUGCGGGGGAAAUGAAAAUUGAGCAGUCAGCUUGGGUAAGCCUGGUCUCGUUCUCUCUUCUCGUCCCCCCCCCUUUCAGGAGAUGCUUUUACAGACACUUCUACAGUGCAGUAGGGAGGAGUGUCAGGAAAGCCUUUUGCAUGAGUGGCUUUCUGGAUACAAGCUUAUAUUUGCAUGUAGAGGUAACACUGGAGUUUAGCAUCCUGAAAGUUUUACUGAAAGCAGUUUUUAGAACAAUAGUUGUUUAAUUUUGUUUCCUGCUCAUUCUGAUUUUGCAUGUGUAAUUUGGGUGGCUUAGUAGCAUUUCAGGUCUGGACAUCUGAAUUGUCUUCGAGAAAAGGAAACAAUUGGAAUUUCCCUUGAGCUAUUCAAGGUAUGCAGGAUAGGAAUUGGAAAUGGUGUCAAAAUGUGUUCACUGAGUUUUAUGUGCCUGAAUCCCCCCCCACCCCAUGCUAAAGCAUUAUUUAAGUGGUUGCAUUGCACCAUAUUACAGGUAACGCAGCACUAAAUUAUACAAUAGUGUAUCUGAUAACAAUACUGCCAGCAGUACCAUGGAGAAGGAAAUUAGAUUUAAGUUAAAUCGGAAGUUCAGUAAAUCAGUGUGAAUUUGCAUCUUUCUUAAACUUUGUCAAAACUGAGUGGGUGGGUAUUAAGUUAUUUUUAUGUUGCUCUUCAGUACAUGUGUUUUAAAGGCAGGUGAGAAAUAAAAAAAAACCCAACAACUAUAAAAUCAAACGACAGUAAAGAGUAAAACUUUUACAGUAAAGCAGCCCAAAAGCACAACAGCAGAUAAAGCCACACUCAGCCAGAGAUUCAGAAUGCAUGUAGGAAAAAGAGUUCCUUCUGGCACCAUAAGGAAUAUUCCAAACACAGGGUGCCACAGCUGAGAAGGUCUGUACUUUCCUAACAUACUAAAGAUGGACCCAGAGAAGGACCUCAGAAAAUAUUAGUGUAUGAUAGGUUCAUGUGGGAGAAGAUGGUUCCUUCUUCAGAUUCCCAGGUCUCAAGUUGUAUAGGAUUUUAAGGAUAAGCCCACCGGCAUUUUGAAUUGUUUCAGAAGUAAACCAGCAGCUAGCAAAGCUGUUGGAGAACCAACAGGUAUGUUCUCAGUGGCCUGACCAGCUUAGGCGAACAGCAAUGUUUGGGGGUAACUGAAGGUUCCAAGUAGAUUUCCAAGUGAGCAGAAAUCCAAUAAAUGGCUGUAGUUUAAUCUGGAGGUUGUCAGAACCUGGAUAACAAUAGCCAGGAGAGGUUCCAGUUAGUGAAAGGAGGUUUUUUGAUACUGAUUCCAGUUGGACCUCCAGUUAUAAAGCUGGAUAUAUUUAUUCAUUUAUUUUUAAUUUAUGUUAAUAAAUAUCAAUAAUCUAACAACAUAAAACAAUAUGCAAAUAAUUAGAGGUGAUAGUCUAUCACUUAUAUAUAUGAGCAUAAGGCUCCUGCCUACAGCUGAUCUUCCAAAAAGCAGUUGCUUUUCUCCCCUCCCAGUCAGGAUUGGGAGAGGAGGAGAUAAACACCUGUCUUUGGAAAGAUCUUUCCAAACAGCAAGCAGUUGCUGUUCUUCUGAUCUUUGGAAAGAUCCUGUAUGCUGGACUCAGUGCUUUUGGAAGCAGCAAAGAAACUUGCAAAGCUGUGAGUUUGGUAGCUGGGUGGUCCUGCCCACCUGUCAGCCAUGUGUUAUUGAUCCUUUAGAGCAGGCAUCCCCAAACUCAGCCCUCCAGAAGUUUUGGGACUACAACUCCCAUCCCUAGCUAACAGGACCAGUGGUCAGGGAUGAUGGGAAUUGUAGUCCCAAAACAUCUGGAGGGCUGAGUUUGGGGAUGCCUGCUUUAGAGCAGGUAUGUGAAAACCUAUAGAGGAGCUGAAUAUCAAUAAUAUAAAUUUAUACCAAGUUUCUACUGUACAGGAGUGUUGGCCUGAGACACUAGUAAUAGCAAAAACAACAACAACAAUUUAUUAUUUAUAUGCCACCCAUCUGACUGGGUUGCUCCAGCCACUCUGGGCUGCUUCCAACAAAUUAAAACACAGUAAGACAUCAAACAUUAAAAGCUUCCCUAUACAGGACUGGUAAUACUGCUCAGUGGCAUCUUGCAUAAAAGGGCUCCUGAAAAUAAAGAAAAUAAAUGUGAGAGAAACACUGUGAAAUACAUCUUUAUUGCUUUGUUCCUUUGGUUGGAAUUAUUUUUUCCAAGCCAGACUAGUGUUGACAGGUGAAAUUUUCAUGCACAUUUGUAGCUGAAUGUACUGUUAACUUAAUGCACUUACAGUGUAUAUAUAGCUUAAUUAUUACUGUGUGAUGUUAAAUGUUCAUUCUCUAAGUACAUUUAAGGUUUAAGUCAGCCUUCUUCAACCUUGGCCUUGGUGUUUGGGGCUGAUGGGAAUUGUAGUUCAACAGUAAGGAUGAUGUAAGUCACAGUAGAUUGGUUUAACAUAAAAAUUUAAAUAGCUAGCCUGAUUUGAUUUGAACCACUCUUCCUAUUUGUACCCCCAAGUAUUUCCUAUUCAAAAGUUUUUAAGUGCUUUUACCUUUUGUGCCUGAGAGAAAAUGUUAUAGAAGUUCUCUUACUGGUGUAGUGAAAGUCAAAACUGUUAGUACUAAAAAUAAUUUUAAAGCUUUCUUGGAUUAAAUCCUGACCUCACUGAUCUCAAAAUGAAGAGUGGAGCUGAUUUAUGUUCAGUCAAGUUUACAAUGCCUACAACAGAGAUGGAAAACUCUGUUGUAAAAUAUAUCACAUUAUUUCCUGCUGUUGUUAAAGGGUUCUAACCAAGAAGUCAGUUACCUUGCAAACAUACUAAUGAAAUGGUUGUAAAAGCUGUUCAGUAAAGAGAAAGAUGGUGGAGUAUAAAAAUGGGCACUGACUAAAUCUUUACUCUUCUAAACAGAAGAUCAGCAAAAUCCAGAAGCAGAAGCCCUUAUUCAUCAAGGCACUCAAGAUCUCGCAGUAGGCACAGAUUAUCAAGAUCCAGAAGUCGGCAGUCGAGUAUUUCUCCUAGUACUCUGACUCUAAAAAGUAGCCUGGCUGCAGAGUUGAAUAAGAACAAAAAAGCUAGAGCAGCAGAGGCAGCCAAGGCCAAUGCGAAAGCUUCAAACACAUCUACACCUACAAAGGGAAGCGCUGAAAACACUGGGCUGACCAUUCCUCAAGCGAACAAUGUGAAGGAACUGAAGAAGAUAAAAACUGAACACGUACCUUCCCCUUCAGGUGGUACAGUCUUGAAAAAUGAUAAGGCAAAGGCUAAAGUCCCUGUUCAGGAGACGAAGGGGGAAAACAAUUUGACUGUAGAGAAAGCUGCUAAGCAAAAAGUUUUGGUGGCGAAAGAGAGUAAAGCCACUCCUGUUAAGCCACCAUUGCAACCUGCUUCCGUGAAAGAGAAAAGCAAGCCUCACCCACCAAGUGUAGCACCUAAGGAAAAGGAUCGCAGUGUUUCACUAAUAACUUCCACGCUUCCACCCCUGCCUCUUCCACCUAUGCUGCCUGAAGAUAAAGAUACAGAUAGGUGAGUUGUAAAAUACUUAACUUUCUCUCUUAAGACAUAAUUUCCACCUGGAAAUUGUUUGGGUUUUUUUUUUUAAGUUGAUGCUGAUAAACCAUAUGUAAGGGGGAAAAUAACCUGAAAAUAACCUGAAAAUAACCUGACAACCUGAUUACUGUGACUCCAGGUAUGUUGUAGGUGUGGUAGACAAAAUAUUCCUGAACUGUGUUAAGGACUUUUUCUUGAUAUCCACAGACCAGAUAGCAGUCGUAGUAUAUUAAAGGACCUACAAUCUUAAAAGAUUUUUACCUCUUUCUCAUUUACUCUGUGUGGACCUGUAUCAUAAUAUUACUAGAAGCCUGUAGCCAAUGUUUCGGCAAGUAAACUCCAGUUCAUGCAACUCUUCUUCAGCACCUCCUACCUGUUACCUAAUCAGUGAACUGAAAUCAGUGAGGUUUAUCUCAUAUGCCUUUCCCAGACUCUUGACUGCUCAUUUUUUUGUGUCCUAUGCACAAGCACAUUCCUGUUUAAUUCUGUGGGCUUAGUACAUAUAAGUGUGCAUAGGAUCACAGCUUGAAGGAAUUCACCAUCACAUGUCUUGUUUCUUUCCACCUGCUAUAAUUCCUCAAUAGUUGUUUUUCUUUGCAAACAACACCAUUUGUGGCUAGCUGUGGCAGUGACCAUAUUGAGAGCAGUUGCUACUGGAGUGAACAACAAUGGUUUCUUUACAAAGAUAGCUGCAACUGCUGAACUGAUAUAGCAAACAUCUUUUCUCUCUUGGAGUAAGAAUGAGGAAACUGAAGAUGAUCAUUAUACGUGCAAUAAUGUUUUUAGGAAUGAAACCUUGUUGGACUUCUGAGUAAAUACUAUUGAAUUCAGACUAACCAAACCUGUGUCUGAGCCUGUCUUUGGCUCCUUGCCAGAUUGACACGUACCUUUACUGUAACAAACACAAUAUAGUGUGAUAGCUGAAUUGUGUUGUAUUUUUGGCAACACUGUUCCUCCUUUUUUUGGCCAUAUAGAUUGUCCCAUGUGAGGGACAUAAGCAGAUUGAUCCCACCUUCCUUUACCUUUGCUUUCCUCUUUGGUAAUUCUCCACAGUUCGGUACCAGUUCUGUCCUUGUCUUGGGACCGUAAGGUGAAGGGUGAUUGAUUGAUUGAUUGAUUGAUUGAUAAAUAAAUAAAUAAAGGAAGGAAGGAAGGAUGAACAAGGAAGAAAGUGUAUAGAAACAUUUAAUUUGAAUAAAUUGAUUAAUAAAAUGAACCCAAAGCAUCUACCAAUAGCUGUACAUGAGAUAAGACUGAUAAACCUAAUGUAAUAAUAUGGUACGUGUGUAUAUGAAAGCAUCAAAGAUGUUUCAGCCUCAAAAGACCCUCAGCGGAAAAUUAGUCAACAAUUUAAAAACAAAGUCGAACUAGCUAAGAAGUUAAAAUUCUUGCAACAUUAGUGGUACCUGGAAAAUGCACAAGUUUAUCUGGUAUUCAAACCUCCCAAAAUAAAUCAUAAUGGCAAGACAUAUUUAAUCUUCCUGAACAUGGGCGUAGCCAGGAUUUUUGUUAGGUGGCAGACUUUCAUGGGGGGGGGGGAAGAACCUCAGAUUUUGAUUGAUUGUGGGGGCAGCCACCUCCCCUGCCACCGUCACCGGCUAUGCCCAUGUUCCUGAGUUGUGUUAUUGCUUAUUGAGAAAUCACACUUAUAUAUCCAUAGAUGCAGAUCCAUUCAACCUGUGUACAGUACUGGGGGAGGGGGGAGUGGAAGCACUCUACAGUCAAACCUCGGUUCUCGAACGCCUCCAUUAUCAUACGUUUCGGCUCCUGAACACCCGGAAGUAAAUGCUCCAGUUUCCAAACAUUUUUCGGAACCUGAACAUCCGCUGCAGCUUCCGCUUGAGUGCAAGAAGCUCUUGCAACCAAUCGAAAGCCGUGCCUUGGUUGUUGAACGUUUCAGAAGUCGAACAGUCUUCCGGAACGGAUUACGGUCAACAACCAAGGUUUGACUGUAUAUGGAAUAAAAACGAAUAGAACAUUGGAAAUACCAUUAUCUCCCGGUUAUUCCAGAAGGUGCUAACUUUGGCAUUAUAACUGAAUUUUACCAUUAUUUAUUCCAUGUAAACUUAAGACAAUUUAAAAUUCAAGGUUUUGAGCCUUUGUAAAUAUAGCAUUUAAAAAAAAUUAAACUAAUAAGGGGGACAUUGAAAAAAACAAGCACCUUCAAACUGGAAGUUUGUUUGAGAACCCUCCAUGACAGCCAGUCUUAAUCUGUCCUAUAUACAACAUGCAGGUAGACGCUGAAGAAAUUGGUUUUCAUAUGCUAUGGGGCAGGGCUGAGGAACCUUUCUAGCCUGAUGGAUUGCCCUACCCACCUGUCAGCCACCUGGCAUCACAAUUAUGUUGGGUGACCUUUCCAGCCUGCAGGGGUCUUCAGAAAUCCGCUCAGCGUGCUACCUUGCCCUGAUGUUUGAAAAGGUGUUUGCAGACACUGUAGGCCAGGUGACCAGCAGCAUCUGUAAACAUCAUUUUGGCCAAGUCCUGUCCUUACCUGCUCAUACUUGAUGUCCUAUAUGGCAUUGGCUGGAGGGUGGGUGGGCAGGGCUUGGUAGAAAUGGCCUCACAGGUCAAAUGGAGAGACCGGGUGGGUCUAAUUACACCCCUGCUAUAGGGAGUGUAAUAGCCAAAUAAGUUUCAGAAAAAUAAAUCUUAAUAUACUGCCAGGUGAACAUGUAACAGAUAAUACCCAAAUUAGCUGGAGCUCCCUAUAGUUGUGUUGAAAAAUGGCUAUUAUUUAAAUUUCUGAAUGAUUAGGCAAAUGCUGUAGCCUCAAAUUCUGGUAUAAUAUUAAUAUUAGAUUAUUAAUAUUAUUAACAUAUUUGCAAAUUUGAUUUCCAUUUGCUUAUGCCUUCACAUAUUCAAAAUUAAUGCUCUUCAAAAUGUAAAUCUAGAGAAGGCUGUACUAUGGAAAACUGACUUAGAUUUCUGGCAUCGGAUUUUGAAAUAGGAAGCUACCAAAGGUUUGUCUAUAUUUCUCUAGUUUUCAAGGGAGCAUUUCUGUGAAAGCUGUUAAGAAAGAAGUGGAGAAGAAAUUGCGUCACUUGCUUGAAGAUCUGCCACUGCCGCCUGAGUUGCCUGGAGGAGAUGAUUUAUCCAGAAGUCCAGAAGAGAAAAAAACACCAGUGCAGCCACAUCUUAAAAAGAGACCGAAGUAUGCACAAAGUUUUUCUUUUUCUAUAAUACAUGUAUUUCACUUCCAUAGCGUAUCACUUUAAAAUCUCUGUUUGAGCUAUUGAAUAUAAGAAAUGCUGGUAGCUUACUCAUAGUAGGAUUCAUAGGAUUCUGUUAAGGCUUCUUUUUAAUAUUUUACUCGUUUUAGGAAGUAAAAGGAGCUAAAACUGAAGUAGGUUAGCAUAAUUGUGAUUGCAUGUACUUUUAAAUCUGCCAGUCUAGAUGCCCUGGCAAAUUGUAAAUACAGCUAAUGGAACAGCCUUCUUUCAUUUCUACCAGUUGUGUGCUGCCAUUUCAUUAUACUGACAUAACAAAGCUUUAUCACCAUUUUGCACCUGUAGGCAGGAAUAUAUGCCUUAAACAUAUAUUUAAUCUUCAGUAUGCCUCAUCACGCCCAUAUCAUAAGUGUUUUGAGUGGCUUGCUGAAAUAACAGAUUAUAGCAUGCGGUUUUCUUCAUCCAGUAAAUUUAUUAUAGCGUCUGAUUUCUGAGUAACAAGGAGUGUGAAAUACAUGCAGGUCCUGCUUACCUGAACACAGUGCAUUCCCUGGAAAUCCUUUUGUUAGGCAAGCAUUUGCAUAACAAGUCCAACUAGCAAAAGAGAGGCAAAGGAAGAAAAGCUGAUUUGUCCCAUCUCCCCUGCUCCCUGAUUUGUCCAAACUCUAUCCCCCCCCCAAUGGUUUCUGCCUGAAAAUGGCAGCUGCUGACCAGCAAAGCAUGAACAAGUAAGGAAGUAGGCAAACUCUGGCUGUUUGGAUAUCUGAAUGAGCCGUGUGUGUACUGAGGUUCGGGCACAAUUCUUUGUAUUUGGACUAGUAAAUUUGAGGAUAACAAGCAGAUGGAUAGCAGGACCUACAUGUAGGAAUAAAGAGUGAAAUAUCUGAAAUGGGUAAUGAAACAAUUUAACAAGUCAUAAUUGGGAUUUAAAACACCCACCCACACCUGCAUUUGACUGGUACAGGUUGAGAUAAUGUAUCCUUUCAUUUCUCCGUUUUUCUAAGGAAGGAAAGAUAUUGCAUCCUGAGUUUCUUUUUAGUUUUCCCACAAAACAGAUGAUCCUUGUUUUGUAUUAGAAUGUUUUUGAAAAUCUGCUCAGUGUCAGCAGUAAAUGCAAACCAACACCCCCAGGGAGGCAUGCAACAGUCAUAGGGGUUUAAAAGAAAUUGCAAAUGACAGUUGUGGUUAAUGGCAGCAUUUGUUUAGACUGAAAAUAAAUGCUGAAGUCAUAGUAUGCACAAAAGAGCAGAUACUCUAAGGAGAAUUUUUAUUAAUAUUUUCUUUUUUAUAAUUAUUAUACAUAUUACUCAUGGAAAUGGCUCAAAGUGACUUAUAAACAUAACAAUAAACACAAUCAGUAAAAUCUUUUAAAAAACCCAAAAAUACAUCUAUACAAUAUUAUUAUAUAGAUAUGGAAAUGCACUCAAAUUGCAUUUUACUGUCUGCUAGGAUAUGUGGACCACGCCAUGGUGAAACAAAGCAAAAAGAAAUUGACUGGGGGAAACGCUGUGUUGAUAAAUUUGAUAUCAUUGGCAUUAUUGGAGAAGGAACUUACGGGCAAGUUUACAAAGCAAGAGAUAAAGAUACAGGUAAGCUUUCAAAAUCAAUUCACAUAGAAAUAGCUGACUUUGAGUGUGAUCACCACAGCAUGUUUUGUGUCUUUUGUCAAGUUCCUGAGCAUAUAUUAUGCAAUAAUUCUCCACAGCUGCAAGACAGUACUUGAGAUGAUUGUUUGUUUAGGCUACAAGCCCUUAAGGAAAGUUCAAGAAGCUGUGACUCUUCACACUUCUUCCAGUGUGCGGCUUAGUCCAUGGAUAUAGUAAAAUGUGUGGAAUUGAGCAUGUGCACCAUCAGACUGUGGCACCCAAGUGCAAAUAUUCAAUGCAGAAGUACUGAAUGGGGAAAGGGUCAGUUAUGGACUUCAAGUGCUUAUUGAGACAGAGGAGGAAUAGAAAGUUGGGUAAAUAAUACUAGUGCUAAAAUAAAGAUGUGACAUCCAGCUGUAUCCAAAUGUUCUCUGAAGGGUUGGGGAACAGUCCAGCGCAGCUGGGGUUGGUGGGACAAAGGGAUGAAUAGAAGUCUUAUUAUGUGAGGUGACAUUCCCACACAAACAUUGAGUGUCUCCCAAUCUCUGAUAUUUGUGGAAUAAAUGUAUUGCUACCUUGCUGUGAAGUUGCAAAAUGCUGGAGUUGAUGGACCACAUGUGAUCUGGAGGUGAAAUUUGAAUUUACACCAUACUGUUUGCACAGACCUUUCAUUCUAAGCUUUUGUAAUGGGCCUUGUGCUCCAUAGCCACAAACAGGUUCUUCCGACUGCUGGAUCAACUUAAGUGGGCAAAAUGAAAUUUGGGGGAUCACAUCCAUACAGAAAAGCAUAUGCGGAACAUCUUCUCUGAGUGAUGCCUUGCAUAGUGGUUUGCAGCAGAGAUUGCUGUCAUGCAUGUUAAAAGGAAAUGAGAAAGUGACAUUGUGGUAGUAGAAGCAAUUUUAACUUGUUUUAUUUGCAUAGAGAUUCGCAUACUGAAACUGCUUAAAUAUACUCAUUUUUAUUUUCUAUGCAGUAAAUUUCUGUUUCAGUUUCAUAAGAUACCUGAUAGUCUCACAUUAUACAAACAGCCACAGGAAAUUCUGAAUUGAAUGCAAUUACAUCAUUAUAGAAUAAAAACAUUAUUUUAUAGGGGAAAUGGUGGCACUGAAGAAGGUACGGUUGGAUAAUGAGAAGGAAGGCUUUCCAAUUACAGCUAUUCGAGAAAUUAAGAUUCUUCGACAACUUACUCACCAAAGCAUAAUCAACAUGAAGGAAAUAGUAACAGAUAAGGAAGAUGCUUUGGAUUUUAAGAAAGACAAAGGUAUGUAGACUACUGUUGUGUUAACAGUCCUGAUUUGAAUGCACCUUAUUUGAGAGUAGCAUGAGCAUUUAUUGAGCUGUAAUGUAACUUGCACACUUCUUCAUAUGUAUACAUGGUUUCUUUUGAAGAGACAUGCUAUAAGCCUUUGCCCACAUUAAUAUGAGCAAGGUAAUAGCAUCCUAUAUACUAUUCAGUUUUUCUCAUUGAAUUGGCAUUAUAAAAGUAUAUGCCUUGCUAAAAUAUAUUUAUCCCCCUUUUCUGAGCUGUAAAGAUUUCUAGGAAAGUGAAUACCCACAAAUACAACAAAAUCACAAGUAAUGCAACUACUAUAGUAUAGGAUUGCCAUAUUUCAAGAAGGAGAAACCCUGAAAGUUGUUGCGAUUUUUCGGUUGACUUCUCUAAGAUCCAGGACAAAGCACCGCCUUUUGGAAACACCCCCCCAGAGGUCAAUUCUGCCUUUGAAAUCCCAGACACAUGGCAGCCCUAUAUAAUAACUUCUGGGACGUGUGGCAAAACAAAAUCCCAGCACUAAACAAAAAUCACCAAGGACAUUUUUUUGAAGGGGUGUAGAAACUUUUCUCACUUAAGUGAUCCCCCAUGUUAACCCACUAGAGCUUUCCCUUCCCACGCCACACAACUCCGAAGCUCACUUUUCACCUUCCCAAUGCCAUUUUUAAGCCGAGUCUUUCUUCUGUUCUGCAGGCCCACUUUGCACCAGCUUUGCACCUUCACUCCCAUAUUCACGUCUCCUCCUCCUUGUACACCAUCCACCCCAUGGUAACUUCUUGCAUAUUCACACACAUUGGAACUACUAAGCCCUCUUUGCACCUUCCACCCAAUUAGGAAGCCACUUCCUCCUAUUCUGCAGCCGCUUUAGUAGCCCUGUUUUUCACCUCCACCCUCAUUCCCAUGCCACUUCCCUCCUCUUUUAUAACCCCCAUUUCUAUACCUCCCCUUCCCAACCUGGUGCCCUUCAGAUGUUUUGGACUACACUUCCUGUCAUCUCUGACCAUUGACCCUGCUGGCUGGGGUUGUUAGGAAGUGUAGUCCAGACCACAUGGAGGACCCAUGGUUAGAGAAGGCUGUAUUAGAGGAUUAGCAAGUAGGGUCAACCUUUUAGCCAAGUUGUGAUCUGAACUCACUCAGAUCAUUACUUUGGUUCCUCUUUUGUUUUAAAAAGCUAUUCUUGUGUCUAGUAAAUCUUUGAAAUGGUUCCUUGUUUGAUUGUUAAUUUGGGAGUUAGAGGGAUGUUGAGAAAUUUUCUGUGAAUUUUCCUUAAGCAUUUGGCUAGAACUUGGCUGUGUCAGUUCUUUGGCAUUCAAUCCUCUGUCUGCAGCGCACUUGCUCUUUGCUCAGGGCACACUAGUCUAUCUCAGUUAGGAUGGCAGUGGCAUGUGGCAGACAGAUGGUUGCAAUGGAGAGUUGCACUAGGUAAAUUUGAUCUUCUCUUAAUCUUUGACUUUGUGAUUUGGCCUGAAAAGUUUCAAUGGCUUUUAAUGGUCUGGGCUUUGGUAAGAGGGUUUCUGUAUCCACCCCCUCUUGUGCAGAUAAUAGUUAGGUAAAGUAGGCAAAGUGGAAGCACUUUAUUUUGUUUAUGUAACAAUUACCGUAUUUUUCGCUCUAUAACACGCACCCAACCAUAACACGCACAUAGUUUUUAGAGGAGGAAAACAAGAAAAAAAAUCUAAAUGAAACAGUGGAUGUAUGAUUUUUGUGGUUCAUGCUGUGGCCACAGACAUGUGAUCUGACGGUGAGUUUGGGGUAGCCCAAUGCAAAAAUCCUGAGGAUCCAUGUGGAUCCAUGCUUUGUAACCACGUUUUUGCACCACUGCAGCCCCAGGCAACAGUGGGUGCAUGAUUUUUUUGGUGCAAGCUGUAGCCAUGGACAUGCUAUGUGAUCUGAUGGUGAAUUUGGGGUGACCCAUGUAAGCGGCUCCUCUCCUCUCCCGCUUUGCUCCUUUAAAGCAAGCAGGCUCUCUGUCCCUCUCUCCUCCCCACUCAGCGGCUCUUCUCCCGCUUUGCUGUUUCAAAGCGAGCCACGGAGAAGGGAAGGAAGGGGAACCAUGGAUCCUCUGCUCACGACUGCAGCAGAUCCCCCCGCCAUCCGUAGGCAUUCGCUCCAUAACACGCACAGACAUUUCCCCUUACUUUCUUGGAGGAAAAAAGUGAGUGCAAAAAAAGUGGUGCAAAAAAUACGGUAGUUUGUUCAGGUUGGGAAAAUAUGUAGUACUUGAGCUUUUAUUUUAAUGAAAGAUUUGUCAAAAUGGUAAAAAGCUGCUUCAGAAACACAAUUCAGAAAGCAUUGAAGAGAUAACGACUUUAAAAAGUAUGGAUUCACGUUAGUCUAAUCAGUUUGCAGUCAUGUGAAACCAUAAGGCUAAAGGCAAAGGUUACCGUAUCCUGCAGAUUUGUUCUUGAAAGGAUUUACAGUCUUUGUCCUGUGAAUCAAAUGUAGUGUUCAUGGACUUUUUUGUUUGUUUGAGUGCUAGCAAGCCGAUAUUAGCGCAAGCCUGAAGCUUGGAAGGUUUCACUGACAGCAGUCAUGCAGCUAUCAGAGGAUGCUUCACUGCAGAGUUCCUUCUCUGUUCUCAUUGUACAUGAGUUGCUUUACUUGGCUCUCUCAGAACUAAUGGGAAGUCUGUUAGGGAUUGGAGAAUUCAGUGUAACUGACUGGUCAUUAAGAGGUGUUUCUUCAGCUUUUAUUCUGUAGAACUGUGAAUAUAAGUGACUGGAGUUAGACGAAGUACAGUAAUCAUGAAAUGGCUUCAUCUUUUAUUUUAGCAGUUGGAUAACCUUAAGCAGUGAGUUCAUGAUGUUAUAUACACGCUGUUAAAUAGUUGUGGAAGCAUAUCAAACGUAUAUUGAGAUUCUUGAGGAAAAAACAUAUUUCAGUAAAGGUUUUUGGGAUUUAUAUUCAGUUUAACUCUGUAUGUUUUUAUUGGUUGGAUCUUGAUUCGUUUUACAAUGGAAAAAAAAAGAAUAUAUUUGAAUGUUAGCUGACUUGCAAUGAUACUAGACCUCGGAGUGUUUUUGCAGUUUCCCAUUGCAUUUCCAGCAAGAUGGAAAGUGUCCUAUAAAGAUACAACACAAUAUCUAGGAACAUAGGAAACUGCCUUAUAGAGAGACCAUUGACUCAACUACCUCAGUAUUGUCUACACUGACUGGCAGAAUUUUCCAAUAUCUCAGGGAGAUUUUAUCUUGCCACAAUGCUGAUGGAGCCCUCAGUAUGGCUUAUAAUAUGGCCUUGUUGAAAUAGAAGAUAGCUUACCAUUGUGGAAAAGGACCUGUAUGAGCUUUUGCAUAUGUGAUAAGGAGAUAAAAACCUCUUCUUUAGAACUAACCGGUUUUCUAUGAUGGGUGAACCUGGAGAACUGUGACUUAUUCUAACAAUUUUUGUGUGUGGAAACAAAUCAGGAUAUCAAACCAUGGGUCCCCUGGAAAUGGGUACAGGAGUUUAGAUGGGACCAGACUCAAAACGUAGAAUUUUGUUGUGGGUGUCAUUCUAACAUCCAUGCCUGUAAUCUCCAUUAUCAAAGCAGAUAACAAUUUUGUAUACAACAUAUCUUUGCAAUUUCUCUCCUCCAACUCCCAUGAAAAUAGGUGUAGAGGUAAAGAUUGGUAUUCCAACUUGAAAUGUAGAAUAGUGUCCUGAAUAGGUUUGUAAAAUCCCUCCCUCUCCAGAAAUAUGUUUAAGAAAGUUAUGCUUACUUACGUUACAGCAUUUUGGCAACACGUGUCAAAGUAGUGAACUGAACAAAUCUCAUUUUAGUGCAUGGAAUUAACAGUUGUCUUCAAAAAUUAAACUAAACAUGAAAAAAAAAUUAAAUUUCCCCGCAGGUGCUUUUUACCUUGUGUUUGAAUAUAUGGAUCAUGACCUGAUGGGACUCCUAGAAUCUGGCUUGGUUCAUUUUGAUGAGAGUCAUAUUAAAUCAUUCAUGAGGCAGUUGAUGGAAGGCUUGGAUUAUUGUCACAAGAAGAAUUUCUUGCACAGAGAUAUUAAAUGCUCCAACAUCUUACUAAACAACAGGUAUUCAUUCAGUUCUGUAUACACAGAUAUUAGAAAUGCAAAAAUGUCUUGAUAAAUCAUAACUUGCAUUAACACAGGUUGAUAAAGAGCUUGCUAAUAGUCUGGUGAUGAAUAGGCUGAUGACAGUCAUCCACCUAAGUUUAUGUCAUAAUAAAUGUGUUUGUCUUCAAGGUAGAAUAAUAGAGUUGUAAGGAACCCCAAGGGACAUCAGGUUCAACCCCCUGUAGUGCAAGAAUUGCAACUAAAACAUCCCUGACAUAUGGUGCUUCAAGACUUUUGUUUUUACUAAUACAUGGCUUAUGCUGCAAUUGGAUUUUAUUUGCGCUGGUGAUACACUUCUUUUAAAGCUGCUGAGAGCUACUUCAGACACUACGAUACACACUUUCUCCAAAGACACCUAACAACAAACAAUUCAGCCUAGACUCAGGUUAUUAUAAGAAACGUUGUUGCAUUUUAAUAGCACUUUUAAUUGUAUGAACUUCAUAGUUGAAUCCAUAUAAUUUAAUCCACGUUUAGUGUGCACUUUUUGGCCGCUACUAAAAACAUAUUUGUUUAGACAAGCCUACCUAAAUGUUUAGAAAGUUAAUCUGAGUUUUAGUUUAUUGUUACUUUACUUUCUUGAAAAUGUUAAAUUGUUGUUGUUCUUAUUGAUAAUUUGAUUGUUUUUAUCUUUUUGGUAAAGCACUUUGAGGUUGGUUUGCUUUUUUACAGUCAAACUGUGUAUAAAUUUUAUGAAAUAAAUAAAUGCAACUGCUUAUCUUGUUAGAAUACUCACAGGUAUCAGGCUUAUAUAAAGACUGAAUCAUUGGUUCACCUGGAAAGGCUUGCCGCUCAAGUCUGUAAGAAAAUAGGCUUCUAAUUUGGAGAGCUAAAGUUCCUUAAAAGCAAAUAUAAAAUUACAAAAUACCUAAAAGCAGAAUCUUCCAAAGGCUUAUUAUUCCUUUGACUUCACUUUAUACAUGCCCUAAUAAUGGCAAAACAAUUUCAUUGGAUGCCAAUACUUAAUGCAUCAGGAAAAUUUACAAACGAAUGUACAAUGGCAAGGAAAUCAAUAUACCAAAAAUAAACUGAAAAUAUUAAUGGAGCCCUUUACUCACUGUAUAGUUGCCAUCAAGUCAACUAUUCCCCAAUUAAUCUCCCCUGACUAAUACAUUUUACUGUUGCAGUAUUACGUAUUGGCAGAUGAAGUUAUUGUCUUGCCAUGUUCAGGCAUUUUAAAUUGUAUUGGGUAUAUAAAAAUGAAAUUAUUAUAAGACUAGGAAGUCUUGGCAGGAUUAUGUUUUUAGGUAUUUUGUAAUUAUCAUUAGCUGUAAGGCAUUUCAAAUGAGCUGGUUCGUCUUUAAGCUUGAGUUUCUGCAGAAUGGAUCUGGAAAGACAGUAGGACAGUCAGUGGUGAAUAAACUUUUUUUGGCAGAUGAAUAUUUUAGUAAUAAGUUGGAUGGAUACCUUUGGGUAUUCAAACAAGAUACAUAGUUCUAUGGAUUAAACCUGGGGCAAGGAAUCUGAUAUGGAAUAUUUACUUUCCCUUUUCCGCUGGCCAAAUUUAACUGGUUGACCAAUUGCCUGGCAUCACAGUGCUAUCAGGCGAUUAUCUUCAGGACUUCAAAGCAUCAAACAGGUCUUGGAAAGAGUCUUUAAUGGUGCUUGUGGGAGGUAAUCUCAAACCUUAUUUCUGCAGGGAUUGGCUGUGGGAUCAAAUUUCCCAUGGGGAAACUGGAACCAUCUGAUGUGGGGAGUUGGGCAAGUGGGUAUGGUUUGGGGAAAACAGCCUUGUGGACUAAAUGGGAACUUGUGCUGGGCCAAAUUGGACCUGCAGGCUGGAGGUUCCCCACUCCUGGAUUAAAGCAGUGAGCUAUACAUGCAGUGGUUGCUUAGAUAUUUCUCUUCCUUACUCCCUCAAGUCAAUUAAUUCAAAGAGUUUUACAGUUGUUUCCUCAACUAUAUAGUGAAUUCCAUGUACAAUAUGAUUGCUGGGAACAAAUAGUGAUAUUGCCUUGGUGCCAUGAAUGAAUGAAUGAAUGAAACUUUAUUUGCAUCAGCCGUCGGCCAUAGCAACAAAAAGCAUUGCGAUAUACACAGAACAAAAUAAAAGUCAGUUAUAUAAAACACGGUUUAGGGUUCUGAAUCAGCAGUCAAAUAGUGGACCUUAUUCUGAUUGCCCCAGCUAGAAACCUUGCAACCUUUGCAGUCAUCUGCGCCUCUUGAUCUGCCAGGAGAAACGACACUGUGGCAGUGGUGGUGCGACCCAGAAUGGUCAAUAAAAGAGGCCAUGUGUGCAGGCUUCCCAGCUGCAGGCAUCUGCAAGACCUCGUGAAACAGGAAAUGUGGACCUGACUGCACUGGCUGCCAAUUAGCUUCCAGGCCCAAUUCAGAGUGCAGGUUUUAACCUAUAAAGCCUUUAAUGGCUUAGGACCGCAAUACCUGAAUGACCGUCUCUUCCCAUAUAAACCAUCCUGGACUCUUUGUUCAUUACCUAAGGCCCUUCUUCACGAGCUGCCUCCACGUGAGGUCCAGAGAGUGGCAACACGAGAAUGGGCCUUUUCUGUAGUGGCUCCCCAUUUGUGGAAUGCUCUUAUGUGCAUAAUACCUGACAUGCUAUCAGUCCACUACAGUAAUAGAGGCAUGUUUCUGCAUGUGCACAAUCUUAAGCUUUGAAUGCAGAAGAGUGGAACUACAGUGGUACCUCGGGUUACAGACGCUUCAGGUUACAGACUCCGCUCACCCAGAAAUAGUACCUUGGAUUAAGAACUUUGCUUCAGGAUGAGAACAGAAAUUGCAUGGCGGCAUCAGCAGGAGGCCCCAUUAGCUACAGUGGUACCUCAGGUUAAGAACAGUUUCAGGUUAAGAAUGGACCUCCAGAACGAAUUAAGUUCUUAACCCGAAGUACCACUACUGUAUGUUCUCUGUUCACACAAAGCACCAUUUCUGCACAUAAUGGGAUAUGCCCAUAGAGCUAGGUCAGUGGGUCUUAUAGCUUAAUUUUUAAAACAUGUCUUAAGUGGUAGGUACAGUAUAUACAUAAAGUAAUAUCAGUCUCGCUGCGUGUGAAGUGGAGGGGGCAGGAAGAGGACCCACUGCUUAUAAGACCUCAGAGAGUUGCUGUUGCAAUUGGUAAGGAAGUAAAGGUGGCUUACUUGGGGUUUAUCUCUAUUACUGCUGCCCUGUUGUUCUGUAAUUUUUUGUUUCUAUUACAUCAUUUACCUGUAUUAUAUAUUGUUUUAACUAUACACUAUACCACUUUGGGUAUGCAAGUUUGAAAGUGGUAUGUAAACAGCCCACCAUGUUAUAAAACUUAAAAUGACCCAUCUGAGGGUUUUUACCGAAGGUCUUGCUGUCAUAACAUGAAAGUUGUUUCAUAAUAUUAAUAAUAUUGUAUGGAAAACUAACCAACUUAGCCAUUUAGAACUUUAAGUAGGUUCUUUAAUUAUUUCUAUCUAUUGUGAUACAUACGCUAAGUUUUAGUUCAUAAGCAUUAACAUCUGCUACAAAUUCUUUUUUUCAUGCAGGGAUUUAUAUUUUUUUCUGAUUUUAUUUCCUCACAGCCUUUGUUUAGAUAUUUAAAAAUUGCGUAAAAUCUUUAUUCUUUCCACUAGAGGGCAGAUCAAGCUUGCAGAUUUUGGGCUUGCUCGGCUGUAUAGCUCUGAGGAGAGGUAAGUCUAAUACUAAGUCCAAAGCUACAUGUCAGUUCUUCUUGACAGUGUUUUGAGAAAUUCCUCAUAAGUAAAUUUUAAAAGCCAGGUGAAGCGUUUCAAAAAGUUCUGUAAUAAAAGUAGCAGAAAAUAGUUAUAGGGUUGAAAUUUGUCCUCUUUUUCCAGGACACGUCCUCUUUUUCACGAGUAGAGUCCUAAUAGCGAACCAUAGUUAAAAGUAGAGGUUGGCAAAUAUGUUCUCUUUUUUGCUCUUCAAAAUCUGGCAGCCCUAGUUAUUUUCCAUGGCUUUAACCCAUUUUGCUUAUUUAUGUGGUUUUAUAUCAUGUGAAUUAAUGACUCUUGAAUUAAAUUCUUAAGCUUUUUAAUAGUCUAUAAAAACCUCAGUUUCUUAGUUUAGGUCUGAUUUGCUGUGUAUACCUUUUUAAAAUGGAUAUACUUAUGUUUGGAAUAUAUAUUAUAUUAUUCCACUCGUAUUUAAAUUACAUCACACAAUUAUGUUACUUAUUGUUAAUUUUGGCUUCUUUAAAAUAUUAUUACAGUGGUGCCCCGCAAGACGAAUGCCUCGCAAGACGAAAAACCCGCCAGACGAAAGGGUUUUCCGUUUUUCGAUGCGCUUCGCAAGACAAAUUUCCCUAUGGGCUUGCUUCGCAAGACGAAAACGUCUUGCGAGUCUUGCGAUUUUUUUUUUGCCCCCCCCCUUUUCUAAGCCGCUAGUAGCCUUUUAGCCGCUAAACCGCUAAUAGCGCUAAUCCACUAAGCCGCUAAUAGGGUUGCUUCGCAAGACGAAAAAACCGCUAGACGAAGAGACUCGCGGAACGGAUUAUUUUCGUCUUGCGAGGCACCACUGUAUAUAGCUUUUCAGAAUACCACUUCAAGAGAAAAAUAAAAUGCAAAUUAUAUAUUCCUAUUUAAUCUAAAUGGAGAGAGUUGUUCCAUAAUGCUGUUUACUGAUUCUCAAGCCUGUACCUGUAUUAGUUCAGUGGCCUUAACUUCAUGACCAUAGUAAAGCCUCACCUGUGCUGUAACCAUUUAGACCAGGCUUCCUCAACCUCGGUCCUCCAGAUGUUUUGAGACUACAAUUCCCAUCAUCCCUGACCACUGGUCCUGCUAGCUAGGGAUCAUGGGAGUUGUAGGCCAAAAACAUCUGGAGGGCCGAGGUUGAGGAAGCCUGAUUUAGACUGCAGGUGGGGUGGGGUGCUCAUGCAAUUGUAUGAUCCUCCACACAAAACAAACAGCCCUGCAGCAGUGUGCACAACACAGUGUUUGUGUGAAGGGUUCCAGCUAAAUCUUUUUAACAGGCUUAGUUCUUAUGAAUGUUUUAUGAAGACCUAUUCCAUGAGCCCCCUAUUCUACCUUGAAGUGGAAUAUUUAGAUAGAGAUACAUAACUACUGCCUCUGUGAGAAUUGGACCUAUGCUUUUAAAAUUGCUUUCUUCAAAUAAGUAGCAAGGGCAUAAGGGAUCUUAUUAAGAAAUCUCCAUUUUCUGUAGACAUGUAGUAUUUAUAGAUAUAAAAUGGGAGGUCUUAACCUGGUGGUGGAUUCUUUAAAAGUCUAUUCAGAGCCAGUGAACUUCAAAAUGUUUUGGUUUCAAGCCAGUUCAAGAUAGGUUUCCUUCUGUGUUUUGAAUUGCUUGGGAAUGAAGACUUGUAUAGUUCGUAACUGAACUGAGAAGAUAAUAAAAUAAUUGUGGUUAUUCUGAGGCAGACAAAUAGUGAAAGGAAACCUGUGAUUCUAGUGAUGAGCACAUUGUUUUUUAAGGGGUCUUUUCUGCUUCUGAGUGGGAUCGGGAGAACUGUGAGAUGUUUUAUCCCCCCACCCCACCUCAGUAUUUUGAGUUACUCAUAGUAAUUCAUUUUUUGAGAAAAUUCAAAUUUGUUUCCUUUUCCAGUCGACCAUAUACCAACAAAGUUAUCACUUUAUGGUACCGUCCUCCUGAACUUUUAUUGGGAGAAGAACGAUACACACCUGCCAUUGAUGUCUGGAGCUGCGGGUAAGGCUUUUAAUAGAAGCAGAAUAUUUUGCAACAACAAAGUUGUUAAAAUGGUAUUGAUGGAAAUGUUCUGUCUGUUUCUCCUCUCCUCCAGAUGUAUCCUGGGUGAACUUUUUACUAAAAAACCAAUAUUUCAAGCAAAUCAGGAACUUGCUCAGCUGGAGCUGAUAAGGUCAGUUGUCAUUUAUAAUAUUGGGUCUGUAACAGUCCCUCAGAAGCCCACAGUGAAAUGUGCAGCUUGGUGUUGUUUAAAAUAGUGAAACUGAAGUCCUUUCACAGGAAGGGAGGACUGACUUUUUUCCCUUACACAGGCUGAUGCAUACUUAGGAAGAAGUAACACUGAUUUUUCCUUCUCAUGUCCUCCCCCCCCCCCCCUGCAUCUUCUGAGUUAAUUAGCUAUUUGUUGGUGGCAGCAGUAGUCAUAUUAGCCUUUGCUGCAUUUUGAAUAGUGAAAUGAAUUAUUAUCCACAGAACAUCUUACGUUAGGCCUUCCUAGAGUCCCCAAGUCGGAGGAGGUCUCAAUCUUGACUUCUAAUACUACGAAAUAUGGAAGAACAUUGAUCUCUCUGUGUAAGAGGACAAUUUUCUUUUUCCUCUUGAUACGGUACUCAUAAAAUAAAAGCUGUGCUCCAAAGAAUGAGCCACUAGAUGUCACUAGAGCAUGUUCCAAAAGUGAGAGAUGAAAUAAUGUUUUGUUGUUGUUGUUUUAUCUAGCCUAAAAUAGCUGCUUGUCUCUUUUGUUGAACAUUGAGAAUGGAUUUGAUUCAUUUCAUUAACAUGAUGAUGAAUACCUGAACCACCUUCAGUGUGAUAACUUACAAUAGUCAUCGCACUUGGGCUUCCCAGAGGCAUCAGGCUGGUCAACUGCGAGAACAGUUGGACUAGGUGGGCCACUGGCUCCUCUUAUGCUAGCAGAUCUCGUAGUACUAAAACUGGGCAAGAAUACUUGAGAUGAUUUAGGUUAUUAUAAAAUUUCCCUUUUUCUUCUGUGCUAUAGAAGAAUGAGCCUAUCACUCAUUAUGUUUACCUUCUGUUACAUCAAAAUAUAUUGGGCAUGGCACAGAUCAGUCUGUGUCCAAGUAUUUCUUCUUGUACCUUGAUCCUAAGCACGCAUACCUUGGAGCGAAACCUCACUGACUUGCCUAGUGGGAAAAUAUGUAGAAGAGAACAGCUCCUCUCUUUAUCUUUUAAAAUGCAAUAGCUUGAUGUAAAGUCAGUGAGUAACCAGAGUUGCCAUUUCACCAGUUUCCAACUUGGAUAACUUAAAACUGUACAGUUAACAUUAGCUAAUAAUAACCAAUGUUUUGAGUUUCAUCAAGUCUCUUCUCCACAUCACCUUAAUAGGCCUAAAACCAAAUGGUCUCUUCGUCAUGGGAUAUUCAUAUCUGCCAAGUUCAUUAUCUUUGUAUUUCUCUUCAGUUGCUUUAUUUAAGUUUAUAAGGUUACAGGCUAAGGGAAAUAGUCAUCACAUUCUCAUUUUGAUUCAGUAUUUUUUACUCGUACCUUUUAACCUUAAUAUCUACAUGCAUUCAUUCAAUGUUUUUCAUACAGCCGCAUAUGUGGGAGUCCUUGUCCUGCAGUAUGGCCUGAUGUGAUAAAACUGGCAUAUUUCAACACCAUGAAACCAAAGAAGCAGUAUCGUAGAAGACUAAGAGAAGAAUUUGCUUUGUAAGGAAUGAGCUACCAAUUCUGUUUUUUUCCUUCAUUGAUUUUGUUGAGUCAGAAUUUGGCUUCUGUUUUGUCAAGCUAUUAAAACUAUGCUCUUAAUAUUCCCUUGAUGCAUCUGCAAUUGGUACAGUUCAUAAUAUCGUUAAUGCUGGUCUGUUCUUUUUCAUGGUUUCUACCUUCCAGUAUAUGGAGUGUGUGCCUGUGCAGAUCCAUCAAUCUAUAUAUCCAUUAACUCUAGCCAGGGAGCUGGUACUCGUGCCCCUUUCCUCAAGGGGAGAUUUUUAAAAAUUAUGUGCAUGCUUUUAAAACUUAUGAAAGGAUUCUUAAAAUUUCAUUUUAUUCAGUUACUUUGGAACUCCCUGUAACUUCCAAAGCAAGGAUAUUAUAGAUAGAGUUUUCCAUUCAGCUGGCUUCAAUUUUGAACUGUUCUUUUAGUUACUGUGUGUCAGCUGAAUGGAUAAGCCAGCCGGGCUAUCCAGCUUUUCCAUGCUGACACAGCAGACAAAGGUGAGGUGUGGCAAGCACAUAGAAUUAGAAUGCUACAGGUGGGCUCCAUUGGCACGCUGCAUAAAAUGGUCCUAACAUAUUAAGAAAAUUAGGCAAAAACAUUUAUCCCCAACAUCUAGUUUAUAUUGUGGAAAACAAUCAUGAGAACCCUCACAUGCUAUCUAAGGCUUAUUCAUUUUUUCUAGUGGUCCCACUUCUUUGCAAUCUCCAUGUUUGGAAAUGUGGCACUUGUUUUAAUAGCUGCCUCUCCUGCUGCUGUUGAAGACACGGGAAUUCUUUUUGUAAACUGCUUUUAUGUUUAUGAAAUAUGGUCAUGUGCUAAUACCUUAUGUGCUGUAAAUUGCAGUUGUGCCUAAGUUUGUUAAAUUUCUAAGAUGCUUUGAAUUUGCUCUUCUGAACCCAGUUAACUUUGAAAUAUCCUGUUUUUGUAGUUGCAUUCUUUGUUUUUCUGCAAAUCUGGGAACUGCCACUGAAAAGCAGCAUAUAAAUGGAAAUAAAUUAUAAGCCUAUGCUAUCAAAGGAAAUUGCCUUGAAUUUGCCCUGAAGUCUCUAGCAUGGAGUCCUAAUUGUACAGUAAAUUAUAAAACUAAGUUCGCCAAGCCAGUAAGUUAGAAGAGGUGGUUGAUAACACACAAAAUUGAACUCUGAUGAGAAAUUACAUCACUUUAUUCAUCUUCUUGACAGUAUUCCCGCAGCUGCACUAGAUCUCUUUGAUUACAUGCUUGCUUUGGAUCCCAGCAAGCGCUGCACAGCUGAACAGGCACUUCAGUGUGAAUUUCUGAGAGAUGUGGACCCUUCAAAGAUGCCUCCACCAGAGUAAGUACCCCUCUCUAGAGUUCAUUUGCUACAGAAACAAGAUUUUAAUACUUCAGUUCUACUAGCAGGUGUCCUGUGAUGCACGUUUUCAGUUUUUCUGCAACUGGGUGUGUGUAUAAAAUACAUUAUGAGCAUACUGUUGGAAUGAUGCUUCUAAACUUCAUAAAACUUCCAGCAUUUAAUGGCUCUACAAGUAAGGAGUGUAGCUUUGGUAUACAGUUGACCCACAACUUACCUGCAUCUAAUUUGUGCAAGUUCACUUGUUAACACUCUUGGCCGAUCAAAAUAAAACAAAAGUGUGUGUAUCGGGGUGUGUGUGUGGGGGGGGGAAUAGUGGCAAUCUCACCUGCCAUUGUACACACUUUGGGCAAGCAUUUGGAGGUGCAGGGAGAGUAUGUUUUGACUAUAUGUCAUUUUGGCCUUCGGCACUGUCCCUAGAACAUAACUCCCGUAUAAGUUGAGACUGCAGUACCUGAAGGACCACCUCUGCCCAUGCAAACCGUGACUCUGUGUUCAUCACCUGAGGCCCUUCUUCUUGUGCCUCCUCCAUGUGAGGUCUGGAGGGUGGCAACACGAGAAUGGGCCUCUUCUGUAGUGGCUCCCUGUUUGUGGAAUGCUCUCCCCAGGGCGGUUUGCCUGACUCCUUCAUUGUAUAUUUUUAGAUGCCAGGUGAAUAAUUUCCUCUUCAAUCAGGACUUCUGCUAAUUAAUAUUCUACAGACUUAUAAAUGUCUCUGUGGGAAAGGAGAGUUACUGGUUUGCUGUUUUACUUGUUUAAAUCCUGCGUUUUAUUCUGCGGGGGGAGGGACGGACCCUAUGACUUCCUUUGAACAAGCAGGUUCAUUCUUGAAGCAAAGGUUUGUUCUUGGCUUAGUCCUUGUAGAAAUAAACUAUAAGUGUUUGUUUGUAUGUAACACAAAGCCUGUUGCUCUGUGGUUUGUUUCUCAGUUUCCGUUGAGGUAGAGUGGAGAGAGCUUGAUUUGAGCAGUUGACAUGAGUACGCUUCAUAUGUACAAGGAAAGCCAUAGUAGAUUCAGACUAUGGCUUACUGUUACAUGUGAAUGGGGCCGUGUGCUGCUUCUGCACACAUGAUGGAGAAAAGAACCAACUUGAAAAGAUAAUGUACAGGCACCCCCCCCCCCUUUUGUUAACUUAAAAUAAUUUUGGCUACAUCUAAUGUAUGAGGAACAUGACCAUAAACAUUUGCCUAAAUGAGAAAGGUCAGCUGAGCUUGGCACCAAGAUACCUUACAUAGCUAUUGAGUGGUGGAAUUCAUACCUCGUAUCUUAUUGCUGCAAAGCUCCUUAACAGCAAGUAUUAUCCUGUGUUGAACAGUUUUAUUCCUGGUUUUUGUUAAGAAAUGAAGGACACUGCAAAGCAGUGCCACAAGUUCAAGAGCCCUUGGAUGUUUUUGUUUCAGUUAUGAGGUCUUACUGAAUCAUCCCUAAAUCUCAGACAUUAUGAUGCUUUCUGAAGUGAUGGUUGUUGUUUUUUUACAGCCUUCCUUUAUGGCAGGAUUGCCAUGAGCUAUGGAGUAAGAAGCGCAGAAGGCAAAAGCAGAUGGGCAUGACCGAUGAUGCAACUAAAAUUCCAAGGAAGGAUUUGUCCUUGGGAAUGGAUGACAGCAGAGCCAACACACCCCAAGGCCUGCAGACCUCUUCUCAACUGAAAAUGCAAGGCAGUUCUAACAUAGCACUUGGUCAGUAAUUUCUUAUUGUUUAAAUUCAUGUACAGCUUCCCAAACAAAUCUGCAGGGCAAUGAAAUUUAACUUAGGGUUUUGUAACAGUUUUUCUACAGGCAACCUGUGUAUGUGCAGUCACGUUCAGCUUAGUAUAUUUCUGUUGUAAGACAAAUGUGGGUAUGUCCCAUUGACUUCAUGUGAACAUGUUGCAGGAACUGACACUUUUGUAAAGAAGCUGCUUGUCACCAGAUACCUUUAAUGUGUCUGCAUCUAAUGCAGGGGUCGGCAAGGUUUAUCUAUGGGCCGGAUUGCGUCUGCACAGAUGCGAUUUCUGGCACCGCAGAAGCGCAGUGCGUGGGGGCUUGCCAAGUGGGCGGCUCAGUUUGGAGGUGGCUCGUGGGCCGUUUAAACGAUCCUCAUAGGCCGCUUGUGGCCCAUGGGCUGCAGGUUGCCAACCCCUGAUCUAAUGUCUUAGCUUCAUUAUCAGAUUUGCCCAGUCAGCCUUGAAAAUAAUCAAGAGGAAAGGAAGAUUGUUUGCCUUACCUUUUAUUGUUGCAGCCCAUAAAGGAGAACAAUAACUGACAUAUAUAUUUUUUUGUCAGACACAGAGAGCUGAUCCCUUAGGAAUUUAUUGUCCCUCUUCUUUGCCACUGGAGUAUUUAUCUAUUUUAUUUAUCUAUUGCAUUUAUAUACUACCUUUUUCUUCCAAGGAGCUCAAGAUGGUGUACAUGGUCCUCAUUUCAUCCCCACAACAACCCUGUGAGGUAGCUUAGCCUAAGAGAUGCUGACAGGCCCAAGGGAGCUUCAUGGCUGAGUAGUUUCAGACCCUGGUCUCACUGGUCAUGGUCCAACACUAACCAUUACUCCACGCUGGCUCAGAGUGUAGAUCAUGCUGAAUAUGCAUAUUAUCUUCUAGCAGAGAAGAGGGCUUACACAAAAUGGCGGUUGGCUCUGCAUAGUCACCUGGUGGCAACAAGUAAUUUUUUUAGCUUCUAUCUUGAGAAUGUGUUUGUGUGUGCACAUUCAACCACCCACCAUAGCCUUUCUGGGCUAUUCCAUGAUUUCUUGCCCUCGUGUCCUUUAUGUUCAGUGACAGGUAGACGCAGCAAGCUGAACAAGUGGUAAGGUCAUUAAGGAUAGGGAAGUGUGGUUUUGCAACCAGACAACUAGGAAUGUUUAGGAAAUGGUGAGAGAAAACCAUUCAAGCAUGUUUUCCUUUGUAUGUCAAAAUUUAUUUUCAGAUUAUGUGGUCAUUUUGCUGAGAUAGUACCUUUUCCCAAGUGUAAUGUACAAAUUCAUUUAAUUUUUCUUGUUGAAAAACCCAUCUGUGCUGGUGAAUGCAAAUAUACACCUGAUUUAUGAGCUUCAGGUAUAAUAGGAAGAGAGUGAAAACUUAGAACAAUUACUGUUCUGUGAGUUUGGAUAUAAAAGGAAAACAGAAACUUUCAUUCUCUUCCUCUCUAGAGUGUGUAGGAUGCUCACUAUGAUAUUCUAAGCCAAGGUUUAGGUAAACAUCUGAACAGUCAUUGUCAAUUAAUUUUGCUUUGGUCCUUACCUAUGGUCAUAUUAAACACCUGUUUUUGUUUUGUUUUCAGUGAAAGGAGGCAGUGGACAGCCACUAAAUCAAAAUGAAGUGGCCAUUCUCCUAAACCUGCUUCAGUCUAAAUCCAGUAUUAACAUGGCACAAUUUGCUCAAGUGCUGAAUAUUAAGGUGAAUCCUGAGACUGAGCAACAGCUGAAUAAAAUAAACCUUCCAGCUGGCAUUUUGGAAGCAGGAGAAAAACAGACUGAGCAGGAGCAGCAGCAGCAGCAGCCGCCGCCGCCGCCGCCACAGCAGCAGCUCCCACUGCCUCUCUCACCGGACCAGGAGCCUUUAAAACAAACUGCAGCCUCUUUGCCUCCUGCGCAGCCAGCUCAACUGACCCAAGCAAAGGUUGACACCGAGGUCACUCAAGCAGCUGUGCAGAGUGCGUUCACAGUUUUGCUAUCUCAGCUACUAAAGACUCAGCAAGUGAAGCAAAAAGAAAACUUGUUAGAAGAAAAGGAGAAUGGAUCAGGAAAUGAGAUGCUAUUACAUCCCAGGCAACCUCCAGAACCAAGUACGCCUGCGUCUGGUGGCACCUGGGAAGAUGCAGAAUCGCCAGUAUCCAUUUAUCCCCAUCUUAUCAAAUCAUUAUAUGCACAUGCAGGUAGGAGAGAAUGUCUUUACUUGUUAUGUGUUUUUUCUGCUGCUACUCCUGUCAAAAGUGGGUAAAUAGUACAGUAUUCUACCAUGAAAAUGGUCUGACAUAGGCCCUUGUAGUAGAAGCUCAUUGCAGUAUAACAGCAUAAAAUUGGGACCUGGCAAUGUAACCUUUACAAACGGAGGCUGGAAUCCAGGGAGUUGUACUUUUACAGUGGGGUGUUUUUUUUUACUUUGCAAUAUGGCAUAGGGGCUUAUUCCAUAAGCUUUUGACACACUUCUCACUUUCAAAAAUGGUUUGGCAUGCAACAUGGGGGGAGGGGGGGCUGUGACUCAUGUCCUGACAAACCUUUGGCUUGCAAAUAUCUUUUGAUACUAGCCUGGGUGUAGCUGGUUCUGUUCCAGUCAGUGUAGUCAAAAUUCACUGCCACAUGAAUAACAAGGUAUACAAAUAUUGAGAGUAUAUUAAAAUAGAGCAAAGUGGUGUUUCAUAUUCACUCAUUAGAUGCGCUUAUGGGACAUGGGUGGCACAAUCCGCAUCAUGGGGCGAGCUCCCGUUGCCCUGUCCCAGCUUCUGCCAGCCUAGCAGUUCGAAAAUACACCAGUGCAAGUAGAUAAAUAGGUACUGCUGCAGCAGGAAGGUAAACAGCAUUUCCGUGUGCUCUGGCUUCCUUCAUGGUGUUCCAUUGCACCAGAAGCGGUUUAGUCCUGCUGGCCACAUGACCCAGAAAGCUGUCUGUGGACAAAGACCAGCUCCCUCGGCCUGAAGUGAGAUGAGCACCACACCCCAUAGUCACCUUUGACUAGACCUAACCUACCCUUUAACUUGCGUGGUAUUCGUUUUCUUGCUCCAGUGUUUGAGAAGGUCACUUACUUUGCUCCAGACAAAGUAAUACUUUCUUUCCAAUGGAAUCAAUGAGGCUUUAACUUAAGUCCCAUUGAUUUUAAUGUGACUACAGCAUGACAGAAUUCUCCAGCCUCUGAUUGACAUGCUGUAGGAAAUGUACCGUAUUUUUCGCUCUAUAACACGCACCCGACCAUAACACGCACGUAGUUUUUAGAGGAGGAAAAUCCGUAGGCAUGCCACCCGUAGGCAUUCCCUCCAUAACACGCACAGACAUUUCCCUUUACUUUUUAGGAGGAAAAAAGUGAGUGUUAUGGUGCAAAAAAUACGGUAUGUCUUUCUGUGAUCAAACUUAAGACAUUCAACAACGUACUCUUAAUUUGUUGUUUGAUGAACCAAUACGUGGUUACAGAUCUCAUUCUGAAUUCUUUAAAAAUCCAUUUAGGACAAGAGGACUUGGUCAGGCAACCUGAGAUGAGACCCCAGACGCCAGAAGAACGACCUCGCAUCUUGCCCCCAGACCAGCGCCCCCCUGAGCCACCAGAACCACCACCUGUCACUGAGGAAGAUCUUGAUUAUCGGACAGCGAACCAAAACCUGUCUUCACUUAGUAGCUCUUCAGGGAUGGAUCCUCAUGCUGGAGUGAAAGCAGCUCUUCUACAGCUGCUUGCUCACCAUCAGGCUCAAACAACGGAGAAACCAGCAACAUCUAGUAUGGAUUUCCAAUCAAGAGACUCUUUUGUAGCAGGUCCAGAUUAUAAGGAUAGUUUUGGGUCAUCUACAUUCUCCUCUGCUCAUUACAGCAGUAGUGAUGGAAUAGGAAGUGGAUCAUCUGGGACACUAGAAAGGGGAAACUUCAUUGGAAAUUCAGAUGUUCAACCCUUGGAGACCUACAGUACUGCUUCAUCUCACUCUAGUGGUGCCCCUCCACCUCCUGCCUUUUCAGAACCAUUUCAUAGCUCAGUAACUGGUUAUGGAGACAUUUACCUCAACACUGGUCCCAUGCUAUUUAGUGGUGAUAAGGACCAUAGAUUUGAAUAUAGCCAUGGUCCCAUCACAGUUCUGGGUAACAGUGGUGACACAUGCACAGGGUCUGAAAGUACUCAUUCCUUGUCCUCAAAGACACAGAACUAUAGCUAUGGAAGUAAUUUACAAGAACCCCCUGGCAGUGUUAGCCACAUGCAUGGACAAACGUGGACUUCUCCUGCCCAAGGACCUGGAUAUUCACAAGGAUACAGGGGACACAUUAGCACAUCCAGUGUCAGAGGACGAGGCAGAGGAUUGCCAUAUUGAGCAUCUGUUUCUUUCUUUUUCCCUCAGGCACAUCGUUUUUACCUGGAAAGACUUCGUAGCUGUGAUUUCAAAGCAGCAAUCCAAUAGACUUGAAUAAUGUUAAUUCAACAGCUUUAUUUUUAUGUGGAAAAGGGUCUUGCAUACAAUAAGAAAUUGCUUACAAUUCAUGCUGUUCUGAGAACCAGAUAAUUGAUUGUACAUCUUUGCAAAUUCUAGCUAUAAAUUUUAUAUUUUGGCAGUUAAGUCGAUGCUAAAUUUAGGGACAUCAGCUUUUUAUGGCACAUUGUCAGAUCUGAACUAUGCACACACUUGUGCUUUUUUUUGUAAGUUUGGACCAACUUUUAUGUAAAAAUUUUACAACAAUCAAAGCAGGGCACUGAUUUAUUUGGUAUUUCUUUUUACAAAACUACCUUUUAGUCAAAAAGUCACUGUCAGUCUUUGCACUGCUUUCAGUGUUAUCUGUGGAAGGAGUUCUUUGUGCUCAUUUCAGACAAUAAAACACAGUCUUUCUUGAUAUAACAGUUUUAUACAUAUUUGGGCAUCGAUUUGAUUUACUUUCAAAGUCAUUCGUCCAGUAAAAUAUCCUGUCCAUCUUCCCAGCGUUUGUAUAAAAACUGUUUUACUUGAAUGGUAAGUGCCUUAACAAUGUAAGCUUAAGGUCUGAAGAACAUUUCAUUAAAUUCAAAAGGCUGUUGGAAGGUACUUUGUAGUUUGAUACAAAUAUUUAAUAUUUACACUACAUUCAGAGUAAAUUAUGGACAAGGGGAAUAGAUGGCAUUCUUUAUGGGAUUCUUACAAGCAGUUAGAAAAGUCAAAUUAGAAAAACUUUCUCUUUCCCAAAUUACAACUAUCCCCUUAAUGAAUUAAGUGAAGAAAAUUGAGAAUGUAUGGACAGUAAUGAAGAAAGGUAGGUUUCCUUCCAUUUUCUGUAAGAGCUCUUAUUCUAAUUCCUUUACCAAAUAAAAGUUAGUGUCCUGUUUUAUUCAAAAUAGUCUUUUUAUUAAAAAGAAAACAGAAUAGCAUAUUGUUAUAUCAAAUUAACAAUAACUAGUUUUGUGUUGGAAAACUGACACCUGCUUUUUUCCACAUAAUUUGCUGCAGAAUGUAACCAAAGUUACAUAACCAGCAUUUAAUGCAAUGAAAUUAAUAGGCAGUUAAGACUUAUGAAAACUGGGACUGUGCCAACCAAUUCUGUAUUAAACUAUUCCACUAACUUGCUACUUGAUUUGAAUCUGUUUUGAAAUUUCAUCACAUGUUCAGUCUAAAAGCAAAAGAUGGUUCAAGGAAGUACCACUCUGGCUCCAAAGAUGAUGAUUUCCAGCAAUAUAAAAUUGUUCUGUGAGAAUGAGACUCAGCCAGGAGACUGGCUAGGCUUUCUGUGUACUGAAAUGUUUUUAAAUGACCAUAUUGGAAAAACAGUUCCCAACUGAUUAUCCAGUUGAUAAGUUAGUGCACAUGUAGCUAUUUUCUAAAUAUGUAAUGUUUCUAUGAACAAAAUUACAAAUGUAGUCUUGUCAGCUGUGACUUGAAUCUUUUAGAAGCAAACCUAACAUUGUCUGCUUCAAAUUCUUGACUUAAGUGAAUAUUGCAUUGUAGGGUGUCAAAUUUGUUGGAACUCCCCUGUAAAUAUGACAUUGGUCAUCUGCAGUAUCGUUUAGAGAAUCCUGACUGAAAAUAAAAGCAGCUAAACUGGAAGAAAAUACUUAAGCUUAACAGCUUGUGUUGACGCAUUUCAUAUAGAAGAUGCUGGGUUUGGAACACAUCUUCCUCAAUAAUUCAGUUUAGUAAAGGCCUGCUCAAAAGUGAGUAAAAACAGCAACAGCGCUAUGCUAAAACUUUUAAUUAGUUAGUAUCCUACCUCUUCCCACAGUUUCCAUUCAUGCACAAUCUAGGAAAAUAAAGAUUGGUUCAGGUCCAGUUCUCUGGAUUUCAUUUUCUGAUUGUAAUUUCUGGCGCUGCAUUGGAGCCCAUUCCAAGUGGCUUCCUGCCUUGGACAAUACUUUGGGCAUGUGGAAGAAAGAAGGGGCUCCAGUCUAGGCAGAACCCAUGGCUUUGUAAGCUCCCUAGAACAUGUUGUCCACCCCACUAAAUGCUACAGAGCCAAAGGGGAAUCUAUAUUGGCAGUUUCAAAACUUGGGUAAUACUUGGACUUGUGGAUGUUGCUGGACUACAACUUCCAUCAUCUGUAACCACAAGCCAUAAUGGCUUGAGGUAAUGGGAAUUGGAGUUCAACAUUUGGAAGGCUAUAGGUUCCCACACCCUGUUAUAAAUACAUGUUUGAAUCAAACUGUUCUGAUGUUCCCCAAAUCCUGCAAACAUGGACAAAGGCCAGCCUCUCCAAGUCAAGGGUUCAACGGCUUCUUGAUGUUGGCAUGCUCUUUUGAAUAUUCUAUAAAUCUGAUGGAAUCUGCUUCACUAAGGAAACAAAAUCUAGAGCAGGGUUUCCCAAACUUGGGUCUCCCAACUGUUGUCAGACUACAACUCCUAUCAUCCCUAGCUAGCAGGAUCAGUGGGAAUGUAUUCCAAAAACAGUUGGAGACCCAAGUUUGGGAAACCCUGAUCUAGAGAGAGGUGCUUUGGGGAUUCCAGUUCUGACAUACAUCAAUAUGUCUUCAGGAAUAAGUCAAAUAUAAUUUCAUACAAGGGAAGCUUUAUAGAUUGACCUAAGAGGGUGGUAAACUACCUGGUCAACUGCCUUUUUCAGUGUUCUUCAAUUUUCUAAACCUUAAGAGAAGAUAAGUGAAAUGGCACUUUGUAGCACACUUGCUAACAAAAGCAAGUGACAAAGCCUUCA